UACCGGAAGUAAGUCAAAGCAUCAUGGUAGAAAUGUGAUGAAUUUAGCGACUGAAGUUGCCGUGCUUCUUCUGGCUUUUGUGAAACAUUUAAAAAAAUAACACGCGGAUUAAUAACAUUUAAAUACAAGGAUCUACUCACUGCUGGCACAACUGCUUGUAAUUUUAAAUAAUUUCAGCGCCUGAAAUGUCCAAACCUGCACUACUUUCUCUUCAUGAAGCUCUGAGGAAAAGCUUCCACAGUCUUGAAAACAACCAGAGGUUAUGGAGGAGCGUGUUGACCGAGUGCAGCCCUCUCAUGGAGUCUCUCGGGAACUUGUCAGAGCAGUCGAGGGCUCUCUCCAACGUCCAGAUCUCCAACACGCCGCUCAGAGACUUCCCUGACCUGCAGGAGAGGCUCACAUUUAAACUUCUGCAAGCCACGGAUACUGUCCUCCUCAAACUCAACGAGAAGAUGUCUUCUCUCCAGUCAGUCAGAGACUCCGUCAGUAACCAGGUCUCUGCAGUCCUCCAGCUUUACGAGCAGAACUCAGACAGUCUGGACCUGCUCACGGUUACUGAACGCUCUGCCACCGCCCCGUCGGUCUCUGACAUGCUGGGGUGGCUGCAGGAUGCCGAGCGUCACUAUCGACAGCAAUUUCUGAGGAGGAAGACUCUGCUGCAGACACUCAGAGCAGAAGAUCUCUCCGUGUUAGAAGACGCUCCCAAAAGAUGGAAAUCCAUGGAGUCGUCCAGUGCUGAAGACGGAAUCACAGAUACGCUCUGCAAAGUGUCCUUUUUUGUUGAGUCCCAAUGAAGAGAGCGACGGUGAUGUAAGUGGAACUCUGAGCAGCAUCAUUUAACCUCAAAGGAACGAUGAAGAAACAUGAACACAAACCUCAGAGGGACAGAUUUCUGUAUGGAUGUUAGGAGGAGGACUAGAGUCCUACUGUGUCAUAAACAUUUUGAGGGGUCAAAGUGUUGCAGAAGAAGAAGUCAGAAUCAUUUUGGUGCUCAAAGAUGACGCAGUGAAAAUGAAUGUGUUGGCACAAACCAAAAUCUAUGAUAGAGGACAGCCUCCACACACAAUGACAGACUGGAUCAAAAAAAACAGUUAUUGAGACAAACUUUAACAAACCUGUUUUAUUUCACACGUUGAACGCAGACACUCAGUGAAGACUUUAUGUGUCAAAUCAGGAGGUAAAAAUAACUGCUACAGAAAUCACCGCAACCAUGACAACACAAGCCAUCAUAACCGCCACUGUGUACUUUUUUGAAGUACAUUUAUGCAUCAGGCUUUCUUCAGGCUCUGCUGUAAAUCACAGUUA